UGACCACUGAUACUCUCUGGCUGACUAAUCAAGCUUGCCUUCCAAGUUCCAACCACCCUUCUUCCUCCUCCGGCUGUUCCUCUUUCAAUCCCUCUCUCUGCCUCUCCAGUCAUAUUGUGCGCGCGGCUAUCGUAUCUCCCUCUCCAUUGCCACGUCGCAGCUUUGCAAUAUUAGGCAGGCGUAGGACGAUCUGAGCAAGCCAUCGAAACUACACGUAGGAGCGGAGACCAGUGGUCUGAACUGGCUGCCUACAUGCGGCAGCAGCUCUUCCUCCUCCUCCUCCUCCUCCUCCUCCUCCUCCUCUUCCUCCCCCAUGCAACCUACUGCGCGACCGCCGGCGCCGGCGGCGGCCGGUGCGACCGCCGGUGCGGCAGGAGCUUCGUCGCGCCCUACCCUUUCGGCUUCUCCGGCGACUGCCCCUUCCUCCUGGGCUGCAACGCCACCGCCUCCACGCCCCUCCUCCCGCGCAGCACCGCGGCGGCGCCGUACCCGGUCCUCUCGUUCAACUCCACCAGCUCCACCUUCGUCGUCUCCCUCGCGCCGUCGUGCAACCGCACCGUCGGCGACGCCAACGCGUCGCUCAACGUGGCGGCCUCACGCGCCGGCGCCGGCGCCGGCUACGGCGUCUCCUCCCAGACCGGCCUCUUCCUCCGCGGCGCCUGCAGCGGCACGACGGCGGGGGCAUUCAAGUGCAGCGUCUCCGCAGACAUCAUGGGGAAGCUGCUCCGGAAGACGCAGUGCGGUAACGACACCGCCUGGACGUGCGUGGGCUCGCCUCCCACCGCCGCGGUGAGCAAGGGGCAUGGAGAGUUCCUGGACUGGGACGACGUGGAGGCCGCCGGGUGCGAGGACGCGCUGACGGCGACGGUGUACGGGGUCGCGCCGGCGGGGCUGCCGUCGCUGGAGUUCGGCGUGGCGGAGCUGGGCUGGUGGCUCGAGGGGAUGUGCAACGCCACGAGCGGCCGGUGCGCGCAGAACGCGACGUGCCAGGACGUGGUGACGCCGAGCGGGGCGUGGGGCCACCGGUGCGCGUGCCUGCACGGGAUGUCCGGCGACGGGUUCGCCGCCGGCGAGGGGUGCCACUACGGCGCGGAGCGUCUCAAGAAGAAGAUUCUCCUCAUAGUUGCAGGUGUUGUGGCGGGCGUCGCGGCGGCCGCCGGCGCGCUCCUGCUGUGCCGGGUGCAAUGCCGGCGGUACAGGGCCGGGCGGUCCGGCUCGGAGCGACUCGCGGCGAUGCGGCUGCUGUCGGAGGCGGCGACGUCGAGCGGAGUGCCGGUGUACUCGUACGGCGAGGUGGCGCGCGCGACCAACUCCUUCUCCCACACGCACCGCCUCGGCACGGGCGCCUACGGCACCGUCUACGUCGGCAAGCUCCCGGCCAGCGCGCCGACGCUCGUGGCCAUCAAGCGCCUGCGCUGCCGCUACCACCACGAGGACGACGACGCGGCGGCGGCGGCGCUGCUGCUCAACGAGAUCAAGCUCAUCUCCUCGGUGAGCCACCCCAACCUGGUGCGCCUCCUCGGCUGCUGCCUCGACCGCGGCGAGCAGAUCCUCGUCUACGAGUACGUGCCCAACGGCACGCUCUCGCAGCACCUGCUCGACGGCGGCGGCGAGGGCGGCGGCCGGGGACGCAGCCGCCUGCCGUGGCGCGCGCGGCUCGGCGUGGCCGCGGAGACGGCGGCCGCCAUCGCGUACCUGCACGGCAUGCGGCCCCCCAUCUUCCACCGCGACGUCAAGUCCAGCAACAUCCUCCUCGACGGCGGCCUCCGCCCGAAGCUCGCCGACUUCGGCCUGUCCCGCGCCGUCGACCGCCUCGAGGCCUCGCGCUCGCACGUCUCCACCGCGCCGCAGGGCACGCCCGGGUACGUCGACCCGGAGUACCACCAGAACUUCCACCUCUCCGACAAGAGCGACGUCUACAGCUUCGGCGUCGUGCUGCUCGAGCUCAUCACCGCCAUGAAGGUCGUUGACUUCGACCGCCCGGCCACCGAGGUCAACCUCGCCUCCCUCGCGCUCGACCGCAUCGGCAGGGGCAGGGUCAGCGAGAUCGUCGACCCGUCGAUCCUCGACGGCGGCGAGGAGUGGGUCGUGGAGUCGGUCCGGCACGUCAGCGAGCUGGCGUUCCGGUGCCUGGCGUUCCACAAGGACGUCCGGCCGUCCAUGAGCGAGGUCGCCGCCGAGCUGAGCCAGAUCAGGGACGCCGCCCCGGACUCCGAUUCCGACGACCCCGGGUCCAGGCUCAGGCCUAUGAUGGACGUCCAUGUCGACGUGAGCUUGGACGGCCCGGACGCGGUGGGGAAGAAGGCGGUCUCGCCGGUGUCGGUGCAGGAGGUGUGGGUCAGCGACCAGAGCUCGCCGUCGACCAACGGCUCCAUGCCGCGCUUUGUUGCGUAGUAUAAGCUAGUUCUUGUACACUGACGAGGAAAACAAUGUAAUUUACUAAAAUUUUUGUUCUCUCAUUUUCUCUAGUAUAAAAUUCACUGUGCAAGAUAACAUCCAUUAUUGUAUAGUUACAUGAAAAUACGCGAUAGGUUAUCUUA